AUGAGGUUACCCAGUCCAUUACUUGCCCUCCUCCUGGCGAGUCCCCUCGUGGACGCCCAGCGGAUCAAGAUGAGCAAGACGGGGUGUCUGCUAGAUCUCUCCGAGCAGGUCGCAGGCGAGAUCAAGUGUGGAAAGCGAAGUACUGUCUCAUUUGCAGUAGAAUGGUACGGAACUAAGGUGGAGGAGUUGCAGUCAUGGCUCAAAGUGGCCGGAUGCAGUGACGACGAGGCCAAGACCCAAGCAGCCUGGGCAGCCAAAGCCUGUCAGGGCAAUACUGUCGGUGCAGAGCCAGAAGCCAGCAGGAACCAUGAGCUACGGCACCUACACCAAAAUGUCCGCCGUCUCAAGGAGACGGAAAAGGAUACCAAGAACGCUCGAGACGAUGCUCAAUCUUCAUCUACACUCUCGACAUCUACCAUCACCAGCGUCGCCUCCCCGAGCUCCUCCAACUCCUGGGUCCUGGUCCUCACCUCAAACGGCGUCAAAAGCACCGAGACCUGCGGCACGCUGCGCAGCUUCACGACGUCCUUCUGCAGCAGCUACGAAUCCCAUGGCAAGUGGUACACCCCCUGCACGACCGCGCCCACCUCCACGUUCUCAUGCAUCGACGGGUUCUCGUGCGCCUUCAGCACCACCAACGGCAACUUCAGCUGCUACGCCAAGGGCACGGUGCCAACGUACGGCAUCGUCAUCGGGUGCAUCCUCGGCGGCCUCGCCCUAUGUAUGGCUGCCCUUGUCUUUGUUAAGUGUGGCAUGGACCGCGCCGCGGCCAAGAGGGCCAAGCUCCAACGAGAAGCGGUCAUGCUUCAACAUAUGGGCGGAGCCGGCGGAAAGGGCGCGAGCGCGGCGUUUGGCAUGCCCGAGGUCGAGGUUGGGCUGCCAGGCGGACAACAGCACAUAUCGGACACGCAGCCGCUGAUGGUGCCCGAAUUUACUCUGGACCACCAGAUACCGGGUCUGCGCGCCGGUGCGCCUGAUAUUGUGGUCCAGCCACAUACGCCCGGCUAUGAGCACCACGACGUCGGGUCGCAGAUGCCGCAGAUUCCGUAUGAUCCGUAUCUGGAAGGAAGCUGUGGCUAUCGCCGUUGA